AUGGAUCCAGCCAGCCUGACCAUUGGUAUCAUUGGUUUAUCGACAGUACUCCUCAAGACAGCCAGAAAGCUCCGAGAAACAGUCCAGGACAUCAGAUACGCGCGGGGCGACCUUUCCGAUGUUUUUGUGGAAAUAGAUCUCUUUGCUGGAACAUGCGACGACUUCUUGGAUGUGUGCGACGAAGAUCCAUCGAUUUCGGAACGCACCCAGAAGCUAAAGCUACAAUUAAAUUCUUGGACUACACGGACGGUACAAGGUUUCGAUAGUCUACUCGACAAGGUGCAGGCAGUUGCACGGAAUCCUGAAGACGAUUACUCCGCAAUCGAGGUUCUCACUGCUCAUAUCGUAUGGCUUCGGAGCAAGGGCACGCUGAAGUACCUCCGUGCUUCCCUCGGCGUGGCACGACAGAACAUGAUUUGUUUCACAAACAUCCGCAUUAUCGAAAAGCUAAACAUGGAUCUGGCUCAACUCAAGUCUGUAUUGUCUUCGACCAAGACCGAAAAACGACGCGUUGAGAUGCUGUACAAUAUGACAGUGGAGAAGCGCAUUGAGAUAACACAACAUAAAAUUCGUAAGCGCCACGCUCAGCGAAGCAAAAUCAAAGCAGUCUUGAAGGAAGCAAUCAAAGAAGUUGCAGUACACGAAAAGAAGAUCAAAGAUCCAGACUUCGUUCCACAGACGAAAUCACUGCGACAAUUUGGAAAUUCAGUAUCACAAUACGUCACUAAUGUUGUCGUCCAAGAGAAAGUCGACCGAAGGCACCAGAAUCCCCUCCCACUUCGCCUGAACCUACAGAAGAAGACCCACGCAUAA